AUGAGAGGUCCACUGCUCUUCCUGGCUCCCCUCGUGGGUGCUGCUGCCCUGGGACCCCGGUCUGAGAGUCCUACCCCAUGCCCUGGCUACAAGGCCUCAAAUGUCGAAGAACGGGGCCAGUCCUUGACGGCAGAUUUGACUCUUGCGGGGGACCCCUGUGAUUCGUAUGGCUCUGACCUCCAGAAGCUCAAGCUCCUCGUGGAGUACCAGACAGAGGAUCGUCUGCAUGUGAUGAUCUACGAUGCCGAUGAAGAAGUCUACCAGGUCCCAGAGUCUGUGCUUCCACGGCCCCACGGUGAUCAUGGUGAUCAUCAUAAGCAGUCUGCACUGAAGUUUGACUAUGAAGAGGAGCCCUUCUCUUUCAGAGUCCUGCGUGAUGAAGAGGUCCUCUUUGAUACUGCUGCCUCCAACCUGGUCUUUCAGACUCAGUACCUGAACCUGCGCACCUGGCUUCCUGAUGACCCAUAUCUGUAUGGACUCGGAGAGCACAGCGAUUCGUUGCGCCUGUCCACCACCAACUACACCCGUACUCUAUGGAGUCGUGAUGCCUACGGUGUUCCAUACAACUCGAAUCUCUAUGGCAACCACCCGAUCUACAUAGAUCACCGUGGGGAGGCAGGCACUCAUGGUGUCUUUUUCCUCAACUCCAACGGCAUGGAUAUCAAGAUCGACAAGGAUGAUGAAGGCAAGCAAUACCUUGAGUACAACACCUUGGGUGGGGUGUUCGACUUUUAUUUCAUGGCCGGCCCAACCCCCAAGGAUGUCAGCGCGCAGUACUCGGACAUCGUCGGUCUUCCGGCCAUGCAGAGCUACUGGACCUUUGGGUUCCACAACUGCAGAUACGGAUACCGCGAUGUCUACGAUGUCGCCGAGGUAGUCUAUAACUAUAGCCAUGCCGGUAUCCCACUCGAGACGAUGUGGACUGAUAUCGACUACAUGGAUGGCCGGCGAGUGUUUACGCUGGAUCCUGAGCGGUUCCCUCAAGAGAAGAUGCGCGAACUAGUGUCCUAUCUUCAUAACCAUUAUCAGCAUUACAUUGUCAUGGUGGACCCAGCUGUGAGCGACAGUAGCUCUCUCGCAGACAAUGGUGCAUUCAAUCGAGGACAGAAAAACGGCGUUUUCCUGUACCAUGAAGAUGACACGCUCUACCAGGGUGCUGUGUGGCCCGGGUUGACUGUGUUCCCUGACUGGUUCAACUCGAAAACCCAAGAUUACUGGAAUGGCGAAUUCAAACGGUUCUUCGGUAGCAAGGACGGCGUGGAUAUCGACGGCCUGUGGAUCGAUAUGAACGAGGCAUCCAACUUCUGUCCCUGGCCAUGCAAAGAUCCCGCGGCAUACUCCGAGAAUAACAACCUGCCUCCUGCGCCCCCGCCAGUCCGAUCGCCUCCGCGCCAUAUACCCGGUUUCCCUGAUGACUUUCAGCCUUCCUCGUCGCAGCACUUGACGAAAAAGACCCAGGAGAAAAGCAGCCAGAAUACAAAGGGCAAGAAGGCCGGUCUUCCUGGCCGAGAUCUCAUCAACCCUCGCUACAAGAUCGCCAAUGCUGCUGGAUCUCUCAGCAACAAGACGAUUGCUACUGAUAUUGUUCAUGCCGGUGAGGGCUAUGCCGAGUAUGACACGCACAAUCUCUAUGGCACUAUGAUGAGCUCUGCUUCCCGCGAGGCCAUGAUUCAGCGCCGGCCAAAGGUUCGACCUCUGGUGAUCACGCGCAGCACCUUUGCUGGCGCCGGCGCCCAUGUUGGUCACUGGCUCGGCGACAACCUAAGCCAGUGGGACCAUUACCGCGCAUCGAUUGCCCAGAUGUUAGCAUUUGCCUCGAUCUUCCAGGUCCCCAUGAUAGGAUCCGACGUGUGCGGGUUCGGCGGAAACACGACCGAGGAACUGUGUUCUCGCUGGGCCAUGCUGGGCGGGUUCUAUCCAUUCUUCCGCAACCACAACGCCCUCGAGUCCAUCCCACAGGAAUUCUACCGCUGGCCCAAGGUCGUCGAGGCAGCCCGCAAGGUGAUUGACAUUCGCUACCGGCUGCUUGACUAUCUGUAUACCUCGUUCCACCGGCAGUCGCAGACAGGCGAGCCGUUCCUGCAGCCACUGUUCUACCUGUACCCGAAAGACAAACAGACGUUUUCCAACCAACUGCAGUUCUUCUACGGCGAUUCGAUUCUGAUCUCGCCAGUGCUUGAUGAGGGACUUACCUCGGUGGACGCCUACUUCCCAGACGACGUGUUCUACGACUGGUACACAGGAGCCGCGGUGCGUGGCCACGGGUCCAACAUCACAAUGUCCGGCAUCAACACCACCCACAUCCCAAUCCACAUCCGCGGUGGGAAUAUUGUCCCCGUACGCACGAAGAGUGCCCGGACCACCACCGAGCUGCGCCGCCGCGGCUUCGAGUUGCUCAUCGCCCCCGGACUGGAUGGCACCGCAUCGGGCCAGUUGUACUUGGAUGACGGCGAGUCGAUUGACCCCCACACGACCACCGAGAUCCAAUUCCAGUACCGUGGUGGCCGCCUGACGAUUCGGGGCAAGUUCGGGUACCAUCCCAAGGACGUGGGCAUCGAGGCUAUCACGCUGCUCGGCCAGACGACCCGGCCGACCGGGGAGCGUCGACGGGAUGUGAAGUCUGAUGCGCCGCGCCAGAGCGUGACGAAGAAGACGAACAUUGCUCUGACCGGGCCGACCGAGGUGCGUCUGUGA